AUAAAUGGAAUUUAAAAUUAUUACGAAAACUGAAUAACUGAAUUGAAUUAAAGUUAGGUGCUUGCUUCUAAAAUAAGAUUGAAGUUAUCAAGUUUGUAAUUUUAAUAUAUAUUAAAUGGACUCUAAUACAACUAUCACUCCGGAAGAAUUUACUUAUUUUGCCAAACAAUUUUGUGAAAUAUCUAACAGAUUAUGCGAUGGCUGGGUAUUUUGUAAGGAUAAAGAAAUACAUAGAUGUUAUUUAAAGAAAGAUACAUUCAUAUCACAUGAAGGAGAGAAUGAAAAUACAUUGCUUAGAGCCGAAUUUGUUAUAUUUUAUAAUCUGAGCUAUGGUGUGCCCUCCUUUAGUUUCAAUAUUUGGAAUUCGGCUGGAGUUCUUUUAACAUUGGAAGAUAUUAGAACAAUGUCUUUUAUUACAAUUAAGAGAGAAGAUUUCUACUCUGUGAUAACCCAACAAGAGCAUCGCCUGUUCUUGCGUCCAUACUUUGUAAUGCAUCCAUGCCACACAGCAACACUCCUGGCCACAUUAAAAAAUAAAUCCAAGAAUAUAAUAGUAACUUUCCUUAGUUUAAUAACACCUUUGUUAAGGUUGAAAUUACCAUUUGAAUAUGGCUUAUGAACUUUGUAAUUAUGAUUUCAUUUUAAAAAGUAGGGAUUAAUGACAGUGGAGUGUUUUCCAAAGCUCCAGUCAAGUUAAAUACACUUGUAGGAUGCCUAGAAAUGAGGCAUAAAUGGGUUAUGAUGAUAAAAUUGGUUAUAUACUUAAAAUGGAUUAAACUCAAGUAUUGAGUUUUUUUAUGUGAUAUCUUCACUAAGUCUGAACUGUUUUAGCCUAUAAAUGCCUUCAAUAUCAUGUGUGUUACCAACUUUACUCCUCUUUGAAUAACUCUGUCCCAUAGUCUUUUGGGAAAUAGCAAAGGGGAUCACGGACAGAAAUUCCUCUGUAACCGGAUUAUAUGUGACCAUAUAAUAAUUUUCAAUACGGUGUUCAAUUCCCCAAGUUGAUGUAAUUAUUAUUGCCAGAAUAACUAAUUUAAAAUAUUGUAUGGAAUAUUUGAUUAAAGAUUUAUAUCAACUAUGCUAU